AUGUCUAUUUUUUCUAAUGUUUUCUAACGAAUUUUCCAGGUGUUGAUAGCAGAAAAAUAUUAUGAAGUUUUUGUUUAAAUAGUCCAUCUUAGAAACUCUUCUUUAUAAUAUUGGCGAGGGUUAAAUUAAAGAAAUAUUGUUAUAUACAAGGCCAAAAACUUAACUCUUAGCUAAAAUAUUUUUGGGGUUGAUGAAAAUAUUGCCAAACGAUUUUGUAUUAGAAUACUGUUGACGUGACAGAUAUUUUGUCACACAAAUAAAGUAUAAGUGGUUAGUAAUUUAAAAAACUUGAAUAAACUACAUCAAGGGAAUUUAUUUGUAUUAAAUCUAGGAAUGUGCUUUGUAAGAACCAAUUCUAUGUAGGUAAGUUAUGAAAAAUUGACUGACCACUCUGAUUUUUUGAAAAGGUGGAAUUCGGCAAUAAGUAAUACUCUACUUUUAUUAAAAACGUUUUCAAAAUGUCUGUGCAGCCUCCAAAAAACAUAGAGAAAUGAGAAAAUUGUCAAAAAAUUUAGUUUCUCAGGAAAAUGUGAGAGAUACCAACAAAACAAGAAAUUAGUAUUGUGUGGACUCCUGGUUUGAACCCCAUUUAUGGACUUUCCUUCGACUAAGGAGCGCCUGAAAGACAAGCUGCAUUAGAUUUGUAAUGUUGAUAAUGGCACCAGAAAUUUAAUUAACUCAUGCAUUUCUUCUUUAAUUACUUUAAUCUCUUGUUGUUUUUGUUGUUUUGUUUUUGUGCGUUUAUUUUUUCAUAUUAAUUUUCACAUUAUUUUCAUAUUUUAUAUUUUCGUCCUAAUACAAUAAUAUCGAUUGUCAAUAUGUCAUUUUUUUAAUAGAUAAAAAAAAAUAUGUCAGGAACCAUAACGCUAACACAAAGACAACCAGACCCAUCAGAGAAUGAGGAAUAUAAAAAAAUUAACGAGGUGACUGGAACAGCAGUCAGAAGUCGUCGAAAUGGUUGUCAAGAUACUGACGAUUUAGCAGAAGUGGACGGAGGAAAAAAGGUUUAUGUUGAUGGUCAGGAGGAUCAGGGUAGUCCUUGUAAUGGACAAUGUGAUAUAGCAAAUUUAACAGAAAAAUUUAGCAGCAUAAGUCUUACCAAAGACGAGGAGAAGAAAACUGUUGAUUCUUUAAAAUUGUCCAAACUUGUGAACAUAAUGAACAAAUCGCCUUACAAAUCUGGCAUUAUACAAGUUGCUUGUCAGUUUUCGUUGUCAAAGGAAGAAAUGGUUAAUUUAUCUUUAAAUGCUGCUGGUGGUGGUAAACCUGCUUUGACAUUUCUUAAUGAACUAUCAGUACAAAAAUCUUCUGAAAGCAUAUAUAGAUUGAUAACCUGUUGUAAAGAGGUGCCUGCCUUAACAGGAGCUGUUACAGUACUGGAGAGUUUAGACCCUAGUAUAAAAACAAUUGGAGACUUAUUGCCAAUGCAUUUGGAUGAUUUAGCUGAUAAACUUCAACGAGAGGGAAGCUCAAAACUUCCUGAUUAUAAAUAUAUUGCUGAAGAAUUCAAUAUGCAAGAGCACAUUCCAAUGUACGAAGCAAGUGUCCGCACAGAGAAUAGUUACUGCCCUACCAGGUAUCUAAUACAGGUUCUAGCGGUAAGACUGCACACUGUUGGAGAGUUUUUAACGGCUUUGAAGAAAGUGAAAAAUGUUAAAGCGUAUAACGAAGUUCUCGAACAGAUAGAAAAAAGAAGGAAAAAGUGAUAAUUCCACUUUUACGUCUUUCAAUUUUUUUUUGUGAAUAUAGCGAUAAUUUUUAGUAUUUUUGUUCAAUUAUAUAUAGAACCACAAGUAGGACUUCUCCUACAUUUUUUCCAUCUGAAGUAAGCAUUUAAUCAAAUUAGCUAUAGGCGAAAUUUUUAUGAAAAUUUGUUCUAAUAGUAGAUAAAUUUUCAAUAGUUGAAUGCUUCGGGAAUUUAAUUGUAAUUUAUUUAAAGGAAGCUUAAUAAAUUAAUAAAAUAAAUCCGGCAAAUUUAUUUUUCUUCGCAAAAAGUUUGUUUAAUAUAACAUUCGCAAAAAUAAAACCUGCAAAUGUAUUAUCUGG